CUACUUUGUUACCGAAACUCAAAUAGUCAAAUCAAUGAGCUUUAUAGUCUCAGAUAUUGAUUUGAUCGGCGGAGCGGGCUGGAUCCCUAAUCUCAUAAAUUCUACAGAGAAUUUAUCAAUCAAUAACCCAGAGAAGGGGAAAAAAAGGGGAUAUGAUUGGACAAAUUCUGUAAAAAAGAAGGCGUGAUUUGGUAUUAUUAGUGUUUCCAUUUUGAAAAAGAAGCAAAGAGAAUCUGCUAAUUCCGCUCCUUCCAGUUAUCUUCACUAAUUACUAAUAAUUACCCUCUAUAAUUGCUCUUUCAUUUCUCUCAAUUUUUGAAUUUUCCCUCUCUCUUAUUCUAAUUUUUAUUAUAUUGCAAUGCAAAGAAGCGGCUCCAAUUCAUCAAAAUGUCCUCCAAAAGUGAUUUCCAAGAAUUUCAAUUCUCAGGCACUCUCUCUCAAGCAAGAAAGAAAGUUGAAUUCUGGAUUACUUCAAUAAAUUCUUAUGUGACAGCCAGACUAGUGAUGGGUUUUGUGCCAUGACUCUCGAUACAAUCCUCACAUGAAAGGAAGUUGAUUUCAGUUUCUGAUUCCAAAACCCAUUUUAGAAUGUAUAUCAAAUGUGGUAUCAUUAGUCAUCAUCACAUUGGCAAAAUCCUCCAGAAAAUCAAGAUCAAGGCGUUUUUUUGUGUUCAUUCACACACUUACUGUAUUGGGUAUUUGAUAUAGCAUGUCUUCUUCCUCUUCUUCUUCUUCUUCUUCAUUACACAUUAGAAUACACUUUAGAUUUUGCAGUGCCUGAUCUUGCCCCUUUAUCUGUUUAGGGAGGAUUGAAUUUGCUUAACCUUGUAAAUGGCAGCAACUGAGGGAUCAUUAGACCCAUUGGUUUGAGGUCCUAGUUUUCUAGUACUAGCAGCUGUUUAUCAAAAAAUCGUAAAGAAAAAUGCAAGGUUGUCACAAAUGUACAGUUAAAUAGACAAUGAGCGGCUGUGUAGAAAAAAUUUGUCACUGCAACAAAAUGUUGGUGUUAUAUGAUUUUAACCUUGGAGAUUGUAGAUAUGAAUGCAAUAGUUGUUAUUUGUACUUAACUUCUCAGUCCCUUCUUUAACUCUUUCUGUUUUUGCCUAAAUUAAUUUUCCCAUGCUUCAAUUUCACAGAACUUUCAGAUGAUAGAAACAAGGUUGACAUUCGGUCAAUCAAGACUCUGAAUCCUCAACAUAUGGAUGCUCCCAUUAUACUUCAUUCUAGGAAGAGAGAUACUAUACAAUCUUUAUCGGGUUGUGACUUGCGCAAGAGUUUAGCGUGGGAUAGUGCCUUUUUCACAAGUCCAGGAGUAUUGGAUCCAGAAGAGUUGCUUGAGACUCUUAAUUUUAAAGUAGGGGAUAACGGGGCAGAUAUAACUGGGCAUGUGGAACCAAAGUCUUUACCCUUUGAAUCCACAAUAACGCCAACAAAUGUAAUUGAUAGUUUGCGCAAAAGUUUAGCUUGGGAUAGUGCCUUUUUUACAAGUGCAGGAGUUCUGGAUGCUGACGAGUUGUCUAUCAUAAAUAGAGGAUUUAGAAGGCCAGAAACACUUCCAUUUCCUAGGUUUGAAGAGGAAAUCUGGAGGUCUGCUGAAUCAAAUUCUACCAUAAAUAGUGAUUGUUACUCGCUUGCAAGCCUUGAGAUUGAUCUUUUUGAUGAUAUAAAAGCAUCUAUUCACAAGUCACUUGAUGCUUCAUCCAAUGGGGCAACUUCAACUUGCAAACUGAAAAGAGAAAAAGGAAGGAAAAAUGGCCAUGCUUCAAAAAUACCACAUGUUUCAUCUGGAGUAAAACAUGCUGAUUCAAGUGGAGAAUCCAAACCUUCAUCUUCUCUUAAGCCACUGCAGAUAUCUAGCCGUGCUAACCCUUCAUCGAUAGUUCCCAGCAAAAGGGCUUCUUUGGGUGCAAAUCAUGUUAAAAUGGAUAAUAAAGCUACAAAAUCUGCCUGCGGAGAAAGUAUGGCCAUGACAAAGAAAAUGUGUUUGCGGGAGUCAUGCAAUAUUAUUUCUAGCUCAAAAGCAUCCACAAAAUCGCCGCCUUCAUUUUUGCCUGCUGCAGAAAGUGAGUUUAUGGGAUUUUGCUCUGCUUCAGCUGAUUUCACUUGUAAAUCUCCUUCAAACCCUCGAAGGAGAACAAUUGAUUCCCGGUUGGAUGCUUGUGGUUCAAGGCUUAGAGCUCCUUUGAUAUACUUGGUUAAAAAUAAAACUGAGUUGGACAAUUCUAGUGAUUUUAUUUGUUUACCGUCCACAUCCAAUUUGUCCUCUUAUACAUCACCUGCUAGUUCCAUUGAUGGAUGGUCCUCAGAAUCAUCAUCAACAUCUAUCAAGCAGAGAUCAAAUAGUUCUGCUGCUAGUCCUGUAAGUACUCCAUUUAGAGAGAUUUCUUUUGACAUUGGUUCCCCUAAAGCAUCAGAUUCUGAAAGGCAUAGAUAUGGUCAAACCUUGGGGCAUGAAAUUCAGGAAACCAAGCUCUUGAAUCCACAGUUCAACAAUGUCUCAAUGUGUAAAAGUACUGUUUCUCCAAAUAUUUCAAGAAAACUGAGACCUUCAAGUCUUCGAAUGCCAUCACCAAAAAUAGGAUUUUUUGAUGCGGAAAAUUCUGCUGCUUUAGCACAAAAUGGAGGUCUGAAAUUUCACUCUGGUGUACAGGGCGCUUCUUCCAAAAACAGAAGUGGUAUUAACAACGCCAGUGAAUCAGUAAAUAGAACAAGAUAUGGCAAGCAUCGGUUGGCAGGAACCUCAACAGGACCUUCUAGUAAAACAGGUGCGGAGGAUGAGGGGAAUAUCUACUUAAGGGAGAAGAAGCAACCAUUGAAUGAGCAUGAAGAUAUCAGGGUGCAAUGCCCUGAAAAUAAUGUGCAUAGAUUUGGUGAAAAUAACAAGGAAAAUGUAGGUAGUUUGGCAAAUCAAGUUGAUGACCUCAGUCGACGAAUGGAAGCCGUUGAUUUUAGUGGGGACUUUAUUACAGCAUUCAAUUGAAGUAAGGAUCCUUGUUCAUAGUUUGGCAUCAAGAAUAUUUUCAAGUA